AUGGGAAUUCCAUCUUUCCUCUGCAGGGAUGAGACGGUGACCGUGACAGACAGCUUCCAAUACAAUGACAAAGGCUUCAGCAGACCGCCCUUCGUCGUCAAGUUUUCCUCCACACAGACCGCUGUGAAGGAAUUUGUUCUGAUCCCCAUUCACACCAAACCGGGGAACGCUGUAAAAGAAAUUGAUGCCCUUGUUGAUGUGGUGAAGAAGGCCAAACUCAAAUGGAAGAACAAUAACAUCAUGGUGCUCGGAGACUUCAACGCAGACGGCAAGCAUGUCAAAAAGAAAGACUGGAAGAAAAUCCGCCUCCUCGACACCAACAAGAAGGACUUCCACUGGCUGAUCGCCAACGGUGUCGAUACUACACUGGCAGCAAAGUCUUCCAACACUUACGACAGGAUUGUCGUCACCACUGAAAUGGAGAAGGGAGUGGUGGCAGGCAGCGCUAAGGUCUUUGAUUUUAGGGAGGAAUAUGAUCUGAGGGAUAAGGCAAAGAAGGUCAGUGACCAUUUCCCUGUGGAGGUGGAGCUUGAAGCCGCAGGUGCGCCGGCGCUGGUGCCGGCCGCGCCGCCGGGGCCGGAAGCGGCGCCGCGCCGGCGCCGGAGCCGCCGGAGGAGCCGGAAGAGCCGGAGGAGCAGGAGGAGCCAGAGGAGCCGGAGGAGCCGGAGUCAUAAAAAAACGGACAAAAACGGAUUCAGAUGAGCCGCCAGAAACCCCCCCAAAAAAGCAAACCUUGAGUCUGAAUCUGAAUAGGAUCAUUCAGUUGGAGUAUUUCUGGAAACCAUGCAGCAUUGAAAAAGAAUUAAAAAAAUAACUGCCAAAUGA